AAAGAGAGAGAGAGAGAGAGACAGAAGGAGGGAGGGAGGAGAGAGAGGGAAAGAGAGGAAAGAGAGAGAGAGAAGAGAGGAGGGAGGAGAGAGAGGGAAAGAGAGAAAAGAGAGAGAGAGAAGAGGAAGAGAGAAAGAAAGAGAAAGAAAGAGAGAGAGAAGGAGGGAAAGAGAGAGAGACAGCUGAAGUCUCCAGUCAACAACACAGCCCUUGUUUAUUCUGCGAAGUGGCUCCUUCAACCUUACCUCUUAAUCACUGGGUGA